CAGUGGUGGGAUGGCGUACCGCAAAUCAGUGAAUUCCAACAAGAGAGGUAAAGGAAUGCGUACAGGAUUGCGUUCUCAGCAACAGCAUCAACUGUCAGAAAAGGUACCUGAAGUUGAACCGGGGUGGAAUACCAUGGAAUCGUCUGGUGAAGAAGAGGUCAAGUAUGAGAAACUAGGAGCCCGACCGCGGGGCCAAAGACAACCAGAACUGGGUGAGCUGCUGACUGAAGGAGCAGUUGGGGGACCAGAACCACACCCAACCAUGGUAACCCUUUUUCAGCAACUUUUCACCUGCCUUGAGAGGAGGGACGAAGACCUCAAGCAGGAGUUACGUGGCCUACACCAAUCUAUCCUCACAGCUCCCCACCAGGCGGAACUCGUCAGUGAGAGCCCAAGAUUGGGUCUUCCAACACCAGGACGACAAAGGCUCGAUGCAGCAGGGACUUCAACUCCACAGCAGGCACCCCAAGCAGUAAUGAGGCCAACACCAGGAGACCAGUCCAGCAGUGUUAACGUCCAUCUUCCAGCAUUCCUGAGGAAGGAGCCAAAGAUGCCCUCAUACCAGCAGGGGGAGGACAUUGAAAACUACCUGCUGAGGUUUGAGCGUAUGGCUAAGACGUGGCAGUGGCCUGAGGUAGAGUGGGCCUGCAGGCUUGUCCCAUUGCUCACGGGCAAGGCCUUAGAGGCUUACACAGCAAUGGAUGAGGGGCUGGCCAAUGUCUACAAGGGCUUGAAGGAAGCGCUGCUGGUGAAGUUUGACAUCUCACCGGAAACCUACCGUCAACGCUUCAGAGCUGCAUCAACGCCAUCGGGUGAGUCGCCGACAGAGACGUACCACCGCCUCAAGGGUCUCUACCGACGAUGGGUUCGACCGGGGGAGAAGACACAGGACGAAAUCGGGGAGGUCAUCAUCCUCGAGCAACUUCUACAAGUUCUACCACACGACAUUCGAACCUGGGUCCGAGAGCACGAGCCCAAGGACGGGCUUAUGGCGCCCAAGCUUGCACUGCAGUAUCUUAAUGCACGUAAAGGGGGCCCACCACAACCUGCAGCACCCGCUCCAAGGAGUCUCAGAGACACAAGGGACAUCAGAAACGCCAGAGAUGGUGGAGGUAACUCUGGGGGUUAUGUGUCUGGGAGGGAGGUAAGGGAUCAUGCAGUUCGCUCUGAUGGGAGGGGUCUGACCUGUUUUUACUGCCGGCAGCAGGGGCACAAAGCUUCAAUGUGUCCGCUACGUAAAUCCAAGCUCUCAGGUUACUGUUAUGUACCCAGAGAGGGGAAUGGUGUUCAGAAUAGACAGACUCGGGAAGGGUCAUGCUUGGUACCUGUAAAAGUGAAUGGUAAAAGUCUUACUGCAAUGAUUGACACCGGCAGUUCCCUGUCAUUGAUCAGAAAAGGUAAUGUACCUGUUAAUGACAUUGAUUAUGGUCAUCAGACACUGAUCCAAUGUGUCCAUGGUGACCAGUCACAGCAGCCCACAGCUGAGCUCACAGUUGAGAUUCAGGGUCAGAAAUACCUCCUCAAAGUUGGGGUAAUGGAGAAGCUACCUUUUGAGAUGAUUUUGGGGAGGGAUGUGCCUGUACUCUCUGAUCUGUUGGGAAGUGUGGGGGGUCAGCUAUAUGAGCAGUCAGUUUGCCAGUCUGAUGUUCAGAUGGCAUGUUCAGUUGUCACUCGUGCCCAGGCCAAAGCUGGUUUACAACCUCUGCCUGACUUGUGUGAUAGUCUGUGCGAGGGGGGAACCAAAGGGCCCAGAAAGUCACGCCGCCAGCGGCGUCUUGAGAAGUAUGUGGGAACCCCUGUACCUGUUGCUGAUGUGUCUGGGUUAGAGGUGCAAUGGGAUGUUCCACAAAAUUUUGCUACACUGCAGAAUUCUGACGCAACCUUGAAAUGUUUGUUUGACAAGGCCUUAGCUGGGGACAGUCAAUCUUCAUGUGGGGGGAUUUACACAGUAGACAACCACAUACUCUACCUUGGGUCAGAGGCAGAUAGCAGGAAGUUGGUGGUGCCAUCUACCUGUAGACCACUUGUUCUCAACCUUGCACAUACAGUUCCAUGGGCAGGCCAUCUAGGGCAACAUAAGACCUAUCUUAGGCUAGGCUCCCGUUUCUUUUGGCCCUCCAUGUAUACUGAUGUACAAAAAUACUGCAAAUCAUGCCCCACGUGCCAGAAAACCAGUGCUGUCCGUAGGUCUGAACGGGCUCCUCUAUGUUCACUGCCAGUUAUCUCUACCCCAUUCAAGAGAAUUGCAAUGGACAUUGUUGGACCCUUGGAGAAGAGUAGUGCAGGUUACAAGUAUAUAUUGGUGAUCUGUGACUAUGCCACCCGGUUCCCAGAAGCCUUCCCACUCCGUUCCAUAACCACUCCAAAGAUAAUCAGUGCUCUUGUUCAGCUCUUCUCUCGUGUAGGAAUCCCAGAUGAAAUCCUGACGGACCAAGGGACAAACUUCACCUCGCGACUGAUGGUUCAACUCCACCGACAGCUGGGCAUUAAAGGCUUGAGGACUACUCCCUACCAUCCCCAAACGGAUGGGCUCGUAGAGAGAUUCAAUCAAACGCUCAAGAACAUGCUGAGGAAGUUUGUGGCUGACACUGGUAAAGACUGGGAUAAGUGGUUACCCUUUCUGCUUUUUGCUUACAGGGAGGUGCCUCAGGCAUCGACAGGUUUCUCGCCAUUCGAACUCCUCUAUGGAUGGCCAGUGCAAGGACCACUGGACCUGCUGAAGAAGUGCUGGGAAGGUUCCCCAGUAGCUACCUCAGGACAGGGGAUUGUCCAGUAUGUCCUCCAGAUGCGAGACAGGUUGGAACGGUACCGAGAGGAAGCUAGAGCAAACCUUCAGCAAGCCCAGAAGGCCCAGAAGAGAGGCUAUGACCAGCACGCUCGCCACAGAGAGUUUGAGCCAGGACAGAAAGUCCUGCUCCUCCUUCCCUCAUCUACCAGCAAGCUCCUUGCGCAAUGGCAAGGACCGUACCUAAUCGGGAGGAAGAUGGGCCCAGUGACCUACGAGGUGCUGCACCCGGACAAGGGUAAGAAGAAGCAAACCUACCAUGUGAACCUUCUCAAGGCCUGGGAGGAGAAAGAGGAACUCUCCAAAGGAAAGUCCUUUCUGGUCCGCAGAGUAGAAGAGGAUGAGUCGGAUGGGGUCACAGAGGCAUGGAAAGAACGAGCAGAAGUCAUACUGGCUCACCUGGAAGAAGACAAGCAAGAUGAGCUGAAGCAGCUGUUUGGCAAGUAUCUGGCCCUCUUCAGUCAGAGACCAGGAAGAACCAAAGUCCUGGAACACGUCAUUCGUUUGAAACCUGGCCAGAACCCUGUCCGCCAGCAUCCUUACCGUGUGCCUGAGAGGCUGGUGGUAGCCCUCAAGGAAGAGGUCCACACCAUGAUAGAGAUGGAUGUUGUCGAGCCAUCUUCAAGUGAAUGGAGCAGCCCUAUUGUCAUUGUCCCAAAGAAGGAUGGCUCUUUGCGCGUCUGCAUGGACUUCCGUAAGGUGAAUGCCAUCUCCCAGUUUGAUGCCUAUCCCAUGCCCCGCAUUGACGACUUACUGGAGAGAAUAGGUAGAGCUCAUUACAUCACCACAUUGGAUCUCUGCAAAGGGUACUGGCAGGUGCCCCUGGAUGAACAAUCCAAGGCCUACACUGCAUUCCGGACACCAAUGGGCCUGUUCCAGUUCAAGGUCAUGCCGUUUGGCCUUCAUGGGGCCCCUGCGACUUUCCAGAGGCUGAUGGACAAGGUCCUCCAGGACUGUGACGAUUACUGUGCUGCUUACUUGGAUGACGUGGUGAUCUACAGCCACUCCUGGGAGGAGCACAUACAGCAUCUUAGCAGCGUCCUGGGGAAGAUCCAAGAAGCAGGCCUCACGCUUAACCUCCUGAAGUGUGAGUGGGCGAAACAGGAGACAAAGUACCUGGGUUACCAGCUGGGUAAGGGUGGAGUUCGGCCUCAGGUGGAGAAAGUGGAGUCCAUCAGGAAUAGCCCUCAACCCAGAACCAAGACACAGGUGAAGUCCUUCCUAGGUCUGGCAGGGUGGUACUGGAGAUUCAUUCCACAGUUUUCGACCAUCGCUGUCCCUCUGACCAACCUCACUUCGAAUGGGGCCAGCAACCCUGUGAAGUGGACUGAGGAGUGUGAGGAAGCCUUCAUGACACUGAAAAAACGACUGUGCUCAUUCCCUGUUCUCCAGACCCCUGAUUUUAAGAAGAGAUUUCUCGUGCAGGUGGACGCUUCGGCUGUAGGAAUUGGAGCUGUACUGGCCCAAGGGGAGCCAAGAGAAGAGCUUCCUGUGCUGUACCUGAGUCGGAAGCUGUUGCCCAGGGAAACCAGGUAUUCUACAAUCGAAAAGGAGUGCCUGACUAUAAAGUGGGCCCUAGAUAGCCUCCGUUACUACCUUCUUGGGAGGGAAUUUGACCUGCACACGGACCACAGAGCACUGACCUGGAUCCAGACCAUGAAGGACCGGAAUUCUCGUGUGACCAGGUGGUAUCUGGAGCUCCAGCCCUUCAGGUUCUGUGUCCGUCACAAGGCAGGAAAAGAGAACGUUACUGCGGACUACCUAUCAAGGCUCCCGAACAUGGUCGCUUCAGGAGAGGAGGAAGGUAAUGUGACGUAGAAGUCCGUCACUGGCCGCGGGCAGCAUUUGGUUCUUUAACGCACACACAUAUUCAUCACUCCUCCCU